CUCGGACUUGGCCGAGAUCCACAUGACAUGACUUGUUCUGUGCUAAUCUGUGCUUGUGUUUUUCGAUAUUUUAUAAAUAAUUAAAUAUUCUUGAAAAUGUAUAUUGAACCGAUUUAAAAUAAUAAACAAGUCAAAAUAUGUAUCAUUCACGUACCGAAGCCGAAAUGGAGGAAGCUGCGUUGAGGGCAGAAUUAGAAAACGAAUUAAGAAACAAAAAGCAAUGUACAUAUCUACCGUUUGAAUGUACACAACUAAGUUUAGAUGGUUACAAAUUCUGCUCUAAGCAUAUUUUACAAGAUAAAAGCGCGCCUUAUAAACAGUGCUCUUACAUAUACAGCAACAACGGAAAACGUUGUAAUUUACCAGCCCCUAGAAGUGACAAAAAAGAUUAUGGGUACUGUAGUGAACAUGCCUUAAAAGCUACAUUAGCUAGAAAUAGGCAAAAUUCCAAACACCCCUUGCCACAGACAGCUGAAGUUCUGCUUCAUUCUCUAUCUCAUUAUAUUAAGAAACCAAGAAUUCGAAGUAGUUCAUCAAGCACUCAACAUUCAGAUGAUGGUGAUGGACCAACCUCAGAUAUUGAACUAAAGUCUUCAAAAUACUUGGAUCCUUUUGUGGAUAUAGAUGCAGCUGCUCUGUAUAAUGCUAAAUGUAACCAAGUGCUGGAUGUUUGUAGUGAAUCAGAAAGUGAUAUUGAGGCUUCCACUUUUUCCUCAGUAUGGCAGGAUGCUCAAGCUGAUAGUUCAGAUAAUGAAAGUAUCGAUUCAGAUCAUGAGGAUGUUUUAAAACACGCCAAUGUAUUCACAGCAGAGGAGAUUACCUCAUUGACUAGAGAUAAAUUAAUAAGAUUACAGUCUUUAUAUAUUGAACAAUAUCGACAUUUGCAGUAUUUAUUGACAAAAAAGAGAAGAAAAUAUCUGCAUUCCCUAAAACGGGAAAAAGAAACUUGUUGUAACAUAUAUAACCAAGUCAGGGAUAACCCCAAGGAGCACAGAUUGUAUAAAAAAUUAAAGGCUUUGAAUAACUACCAAAAAUGUCAUGGUGUUGACGCGAUCCUUAGCAAAAGAUUGAAAGAUCUAAGAGUAAAGAUUACCGACGGAUCAGGCAACAAGAGUUUGAAUUACUCAAAAUGCGUCUUUUCAGAAGGAGGUGUAAAAUGUGGAGAAAGGUCACUUCCAUUGGCCAAACAUUGCCAGAAACACAUUUUAGAGGACAUCAAUCAAGUUUUAUUUAGAGCCUGUGGUAAGAUGACUGGAGACGUUGAGUGUACAACUCCCAUAGCAGCCAUAUUCGAUGAAUCAACAUGUCCUUUGCACCUUGAAAUACCACCUUUAAGAUCAUACAAUCAAGUUAGGAAAGACUCAGAAUCGGAUGCAGAAGAGACGGUCGAACCGCCCAUCAACUACCACCAAACCCCGCCCCAGUCCCAAAUCGCCGAACCAAUCAAAACAGAAUUCAUGAACUACGAAAUUCCGCCGGACAUUCCCAAAAUGGAAUCCGUGCCGACCAUGCUGUUCGAAGAGAACCCCAAAUCCAUGUCCGAAUCGACCUGCAAAAAGUCCAACAAUCCGUUCAUUUUCGGCUUGGGCGGCACGAACCUGUCCGAGGAGAACGAAAAAUUGAAAUUGGAGGCUAGAAAGGCCGAAGAGUGCGCCAGAAAUAUGAUGCAGUUGUCCACGUACAUUACAAACCAGAUGGAAGAGCAGCCUGUCGAGAUAAAGUGUGAGGAAAUGGAGGUGGAAACAACACAAGAGAUUGAAAUCGAAAGUAAGCAGGACAUUGAGGUGGUUAACGAAGUUGCUAAUGAGAAUAUGGAAGUGGUGGAGAUGGAUAGUUCUGUAGUGGCUAAUACUGAGAGUGAAACGGCAGUGAUAGAGCUCAAAAGCGAAGAUUCUCCUUUACCUGAAGCUGCAGAAACAAAACCUUUACCCUCUGCAUCUCCAACUCAAAUGGAUGUUAACAUUGAAGACAAUUCUAAUAUAAAUUCAAUGGUACCAUCUAUUAGUGACCACCUAAAGGAUGAAUGUGAUUCUAAUGUCAAUUCAGCGGUACUGUCUAUUAGUGAGCAAUUCAAAGAUAAAGAUGAUUCUAAUGUGAAUUCGGCGGUACCAUCUAUUAGUGAGCAAUUAAAGGAUGAAGAAGAUUCUAAUGUGGAUUCGGUGGUACCAUCUAUUAGUGAGCAAUUAGAGCAAGAAGAUGAUUCUAAUGUAAAUUUGGCAGUAUCAUCUAUUAAUGAGCAAUUAAAGGAUGAAGAAGGUUCUAAUGCUAGUUUGGUGGUACCAUCUAUUAGUGAGCAAUUAAAGGAAGAAGAUUCUAAUGUGUAUUCAGCAGUACCAUCUAUUAAUGAGCAAUUAAAUAAUGAAAAUGAUUUUAAUGUGAAUUCGACGGUACUGUCUAUUAAUGAGCAAUUAAAUGAUGAAGAUGAUUUUAAUGAGCAUUUGGCGGUACCAUCUAUUAGUGAGCAAUUAAAGGAUGCAGAUGAUUCUAAUAUGAAUUUAGCAGUACCAUCUAAUGUGUAUUCAGUGGUACCAUCUAUUAAUCAGCAAUUAAAUAAUGAAAAUGAUUUUAAUGUGAAUUCGACGGUACUGUCUAUUAAUGAGCAAUUAAAUGAUGAAGAUGAUUUUAAUGAUCAUUUGGCGGUACCAUCUAUUAGUGAGCAAUUAAAGGAUGAAGAUGAUUCUAAUAUGAAUUUAGCAGUACCACCUGUUGGUAAAGCAUUCAAGGAUGAACCUAAAAUAGAAUCAGAACAAACUGAAACUGUUGAUAAUAAAAAGAAGGAAAUGGUGGAUAACCAGGAAGAAACCGUUCAAAAUAAAAUGAAGGAAGUGGUGGAUAUCACGCAAGCAGAUGUUUUAAAAACUAAAGAAGAAAAUGUCGAAGUGGAAAUGGACAUUAUUGCGAGUGAAGAUGCACUUGAGAAUGUAGUGACUGUGUAGAAUAUUAUUUUUCAACUAUUUUGUUUCUGUUUGGUUUAAUAAAUAUUAAGUUAUUUUUAUU